UUCAGCAACUACCGAGACCCCAUUGCAACCCAAUCGCAUAGCGCAGUCGCGUGUCCGCAGGGUCGUCCGGAGUCAGCUUGGCCGCUUACGCAAAGAUCGACAUCACCAGAGCAUGGUCAUCAGCAGCAGAUCAGUGCCGAGCAGAUGGCAGUCUCCAAGUCAAGCUCUGUUUUAGCGGACCUUCCACCUAAGGAUACGAGUACAGGGACAUAUGAACAAUGGGAACUACAUCAUGGGUUGUUGAGUCGUACUACACUCGGCUCUGAAACGCACUUUCAGAUGCAAUUUGCAUGGGAUCACAACACAGAUGGCCAUAUCCGUCCCGGGGACUGGGAUCUUCCAAAUGCCCACCUACAAUCUACUGGCGACGGUAACUUCAAGCUGUACUUUUCUCGGGACGCUGGAGGGGAGCCGACCAGACAUUCUUCCAAGAAGCGUCGGCGCUCCUCUAAGAAGGUCGGAAAAGCUAAGAAGAAGAAGUUGGCCGUUAAUACGGCUGAUGACGAAGAAGAUGACCAAGAAUAUGAAGUUGACUGCAUACUCGAGAAAUACGGCAGGAAUAAGUUCCUCGUCAAGUGGAUGGAGGGCAAGCCGAGUUGGACGACAAGAGAUAAGAUCCAUGAAAAACUCACAGAUGACUUCGACAAGGUCUUUAAGGGUUAUGGGCGCGGAAUUAAACUCAUCGGGGUCAGGGUUUCCAGUAAGCGUGUCAAAGAGUACCGUGUCGAGUGGGAAGAUGAUCAAGUAACUUGGGAGAGAGCGGGCCGGAUCGACUGGGGCGUCUACAAAGGUUCUUCCGCGAACACAGAGAGGCUCUAGGAUGAAUCUCUGUUUUAACUUGUUCUUUUAUAAUCACACUGUUCCGCACUCGAUCCAGGUAUAUACAAGAUGGUGCAU